AGCACACCAUUCUCGAGUGCUGUUCUAUAUAAAUGGAUAGCGGGUGGUUAAAAAUCGGACAUUUUAACUACGUUUGUCAAAAAAAAAAGGUAGAAGUUUUGUUUUUGGACAGGAGGAAGGAAAACUAUCACUUCUUCUGAAACUAAACCUUGAAACCCUAAUUCAUACUAACCAAUCACCAUGGUGUUCAUCGUUCCACCCACCGGAAAAAUCUUAUCCCUAGACGUAAACCCUAACACCACCACUCUCCAUACUCUUAAACACCAAAUCGAAAAUUUUCACGGCAUACCAAUUUCACACCAACGUCUAUUCCUUUCCCAGAGUCUCCGAUUACUCGGAGAUAACGAUUCUAUCUUCAUCUCUAACCUAGGCGUUGGAAAUUACUCAACCCUAACCCUACACGUCCCCUUUUACGGCGGCACUCAACCUCCCGCCGUUCCCAAACCGCCUCGAUUCGAUUUUCUCAAUUCCAAACCGCCUGCAAAUUACGUAGCUGGACUUGGUCGUGGGGCUACUGGAUUCACCACUCGGUCUGAUAUUGGUCCUGCGCGUGCAGCGCCUGAUCUUCCGGAUAGAUCCGCUGCUGCUGCAGGUGCGGCUCCAGGUGUUGGAAGGGGGAGAGGGAAAGGCGGUGAGGAUGCGGAGGAAGAUGAUGAAGGAGAAGAUAAAGGUUAUGAUGAGAAUCAGAAAUUUGAUGAGUUUGAAGGGAAUGAUGUUGGUUUGUUUGCUUCUGCUGAGUAUGAUGAAGAUGAUAGAGAAGCUGAUGCGGUUUGGGAGGAUAUUGAUAAGAGGAUGGAUUCGAGAAGGAAGGAUCGGAGAGAGGCUAGGUUGAAGGAGGAGAUUGAGAAGUAUAGAGCUUCUAACCCUAAAAUUACUGAACAAUUUGCUGAUUUGAAAAGGAAGUUGUAUACUUUAUCGCCGGAUGAUUGGCAGAGUCUUGAGAAGUUUGAGAGUGGUGGUUAUUCUUCGAAGAAUAAGAAGAAGAGGUUUGAAAGUUUUGUUCCUGUACCUGAUACUCUUCUUGAGAAAGCUAGGCAGGAACAAGAGCAUGUUACUGCUUUGGAUCCUAAGAGUAGGGCUGCUUCGGCAAAUGGAACUGAGACUCCGUGGUCACAAACACCUGUUACUGAUUUGACUGCUGUUGGUGAGGGUAGAGGUACUGUUUUGUCGUUGAAAUUGGAUAGGUUGUCUGAUUCGGUUUCUGGUAUGACUAAUGUUGAUCCGAAGGGGUAUCUAACUGUUCUUAAUAGUAUGAAGAUUACUAGUGAUGCUGAGAUUUCGGAUUUUAAGAAAGCUAGGUUGUUGCUCAAGAGUGUUAUUCAAACGAAUCCGAAACAUCCUCCUGGUUGGAUUGCUGCUGCGAGGUUGGAGGAGUUGGCAGGAAAGCUUCAGGCAGCUAGACAGUUGAUUCAGAAAGGGUGUGAAGAAUGUCCCAAGAAUGAAGAUGUUUGGAUGGAGGCUUGUAGGCUGGCAAAUCCAGAUGAUGCGAAAGCUGUGAUAGCUCGGGGUGUGAAGUCCAUCCCUACUUCUGUCAAAUUGUGGAUGCAGGCUUCGAAAUUGGAAAGCGAUGACAUGAACAGGAGUAGGGUGUUGAGGAAAGGGCUUGAACAUAUUCCUGAUUCAGUUAGGCUGUGGAAGGCUGUUGUGGAGCUUGCAAAUGAAGAAGAUGCGAGACUUUUGCUUCAUAGAGCUGUGGAAUGUUGUCCAUUGCAUGUGGAGUUGUGGCUUGCGCUUGCUAGGUUGGAAACUUAUGACAAUGCUAAGAAGGUUCUCAAUAGGGCAAGAGAAAGGCUGACCAAGGAGCCUGCGAUAUGGAUAACAGCCGCCAAAUUGGAAGAAGCUAAUGGAAAUACAUCCAUGGUUGGCAAGAUUAUUGAGAGGGGUAUUAGGGCUUUGCAGAGAGAAGGUGUGGUGAUUGAUAGAGAAGCUUGGAUGAAGGAAGCAGAGGCAGCAGAACGAGCUGGUUCGGUUGCAACUUGCCAAGCAAUAAUCCAUAAUACAAUUGGAGUUGGAGUUGAAGAAGAAGAUAGGAAGAGAACAUGGGUAGCGGAUGCCGAGGAAUGCAAGAAAAGAGGUUCUAUUGAGACUGCCAGAGCUAUAUAUGCUCAUGCCUUGACUGUCUUCUUAACUAAGAAGAGCAUAUGGGUAAAAGCAGCACAACUUGAAAGGAGUCAUGGUACCAGGGAAUCUCUUGAUGCAUUACUUCGUAAAGCAGUUACUUAUAGACCACAGGCUGAAGUUCUAUGGCUUAUGGGUGCCAAGGAGAAGUGGCUUGCUGGAGAUGUCCCUGCAGCUCGUGCAAUUCUCCAAGAAGCGUAUGCCGCCAUUCCCAAUUCAGAAGAAAUAUGGCUUGCAGCAUUUAAGCUAGAAUUUGAAAACCACGAACCCGAAAGAGCUAGAAUGUUGUUGGCUAAAGCGCGAGAAAGAGGAGGUACAGAGAGAGUCUGGAUGAAAUCAGCUAUCGUAGAGAGAGAACUGGGAAACCUUGAAGAGGAAAGAAAACUGUUAAACGAAGGACUGAAGCAAUUCCCUUCAUUUUAUAAAUUGUGGUUGAUGCUUGGCCAACUUGAGGAACGACUUGCCGAUACUGCAAAGCAGCAGGAUCAGCCUGAAAAGCAGCAUGCUCACAAGAUGGAAGCUAAGAAGGUCUAUGAUUCUGGACUGAAAAGUUGUCCUAACUCUGUACCGCUCUGGCUCUCUCUUGCUAAUCUUGAAGAGGAGAUGAGUGGACUCAGUAAAGCUCGUGCAGUUCUUACAAUGGCUCGAAAGAAGAAUCCUCAAAAUCCUGAACUCUGGCUAGCAGCAGUUAGAGCAGAACUAAAGCAUGGGCAUAAGAAGGAAGCUGAUAUUUUGAUGGCAAAAGCAUUGCAGGAGUGUCCCAAUAGUGGCAUUCUAUGGGCAUCAUCAAUUGAAAUGGCUCCUCGUCCUCAGCGAAAAAUCAAGAGUACGGAUGCCCUAAAGAAAUGUGACCAUGAUCCCCAUGUUAUAGCUGCUGUGGGCAGAUUAUUCUGGAUUGAUAGAAAGGUGGACAAAGCCAGGAAUUGGCUGAAUAGGGCUGUGACACUUGCUCCUGACAUCGGUGAUUUUUGGGCUUUGUGCUACAAAUUUGAAUUACAGCAUGGGACUGAGGAGAACCAGAAGGAUGUAUUGAAGAGAUGUGUUGCUGCUGAACCAAAACACGGGGAGAAAUGGCAAGCGAUCUCAAAGGCAGUAGAGAACUCUCACCAACCAACGGAAUCCAUCUUGAAGAAAGUGGUGAUUGCACUUGGGAAGGAGGAGAAGGCAGCCGAGGAUAGUAAACAUUGACUUACCAGAACCAUAGCUUCUUUCUGUCCAAAAAAAAAGGAUUGUAGCAUCUUUACCAUUGGUUAGUACUAAUUUUGCAUUCUUCAGGAUUUUGUUUCCAGUAGCUGUUGAAAUCUGAGCUGACUCCAACUCUGAGGCUGUUCUGUUGGUAAGCAUGUGGUUGCAGGGGGAUUUAAAUUUGGGGACAAUGAUUCAUUUGGAUUUGAGCUAUACUUUACAGUUUAAAAUGGUUAUCAUUACGAUGCUGAUUCUGGCCAACAAUAUUCUGAAAUCGGGAUAACUUUGUUCCAUGCAAUCAACUCUGUACCAAAUUAUGCAUAUAUGAUGUGUGAUUCUGUUGAACCUUUUAUUUUCAUCCAACAAUAUAUACAAAACAUUGUUCAUUUCUUGA